GUUGCAACCCAGUUCAAAAACAGCCUGACAAGUCUGAUAGAAAUCCUGAUGUCCAAGGAGCCUUCUUACAUCCGCUGCAUUAAACCCAAUGACAACAAGGAGCCUGGGAAGUUUGAUGAUUUCCUGAUCCGACACCAGGUGAAGUACCUGGGCCUGAUGGAGCAUCUGCGGGUGCGACGAGCCGGCUUCGCGUACCGGCGCAAGUACGAGCUCUUCCUGCAAAGGUAUAAAUGCCUCUGUCCAGCUACCUGGCCCAACUGGCAUGGGACAGCAGCUGAGGGUGUGGAGAGGCUCAUCAAGCACAUAGGUUACAAGCCUGAGGAGUACAAAUUAGGAAGAACCAAAAUAUUCAUUCGUUUCCCAAAGACUCUGUUUGCUACAGAAGAUGCCUUUGAGUACAGGAAACAACUGCUGA